UUAAAUCAUGUUCCCUUAAUGCCGUGGAGAAAAGCAGUCACCUCCCGCCACGAAAAUUUCUUUGGCUCUGUGCUUUGAGUCCGAGUCUCUCCCACAGCGACACCAUCCAUCUUCUUUCACAUUUUCCACUACGUUAGGGUUCGUCUUCAUUUCGAAUUGAAGGAUUCAACAACUUAGCAAACCACGCCAUGGCAACUCUGCAAUCUCUGCCACCUUCUUUCCGUCCAUCAAUCCCACCCCCAAAUUCCCACUCUUUCCCAGCCACUCCCUUUAACUAUUCCCCCAAAUUGAUUGCCUCAAAGGGUGUCAGCGUUACCCUCAGGAACUCUAUCACUUCUCCCAGGGUUUCGGUUUCCAAUUCGGAGUAUAGUCCCCAAAUUGCGGAAAAUCUCGGUGACGUUACCAUUUUCACCGCUGCCGGCGAGCCAGUAAGGUUCAGUGAUCUCUGGGAUCAGAACCAGGGAGUAGCUGUGGUGGCAAUGUUGAGGCACUUUGGAUGCAUUUGCUGUUGGGAAUUUGCGUCAGCCUUGAAAGAAUCCAAAGCAAGGUUUGAUUCAGCUGGUAUCAAACUAAUUGCAGUGGGUGUUGGUACUCCCAAUAAAGCCCGUAUCCUUGCUGAACGAUUACCAUUUCCAAUGGAUUGCCUGUAUGCUGAUCCUGAUCGCAAGGCAUAUAAUGUUUUGAACCUGUACUUUGGCUUGGGCCGAACUUUCCUCAACCCUGCCAGUGCAAAGGUGUUUUCAAGAUGGGAUGCCCUGCAGAAAGCUGCCAAGAACUAUACAAUCGGAGCCACGCCAGAUGAUAUAAGUGGUGUGUUGCAGCAGGGAGGGAUGUUUGUGUUCAGAGGAAAGCAGCUACUCUAUGCGAGGAAAGACGAAGGGACAGGUGAUCAUGCCCCCUUAGAUGAUGUUUUUGAUGUCUGCUGCAAAGCUCCUGUAGCCUAAUGUACUUUAUAAAAUUUAAAUGGCAUAACCUUAGGGAUGUUCAAUUUAAGAAUAUUUGUGUUAGUAGAUUAGAUUUCUGUGAAUCAUAUUAGUGACAACAUCUAUCAUGAAGUCCAAUCUACAAAUAUGUAGUCUAUAGUAUAUAGAGUGCACUUGUGAAUUCAAUUUCACAAAUCUAUAGUAACAAUACUUCAUUUAGAAAUGGUGAUUGUAAUAUAUGUAAUAUGUUCAUGUUUUAAUCAUUAUGAAUGAUAACAAUGCACAUUUUUCGUCCUUGUAAAAA